UUCUCCCCCAAAAACAACGCUGACUCAGGACUUACUGAGCAGCAUCGUUUCCCAGCUCAGCACGACGUUUGUGCCGCUAGCUGUCUCUCAAUCAAAACUGAAAGACGUAGUAGCGUGUCUUCAUCGUUCAACAGCCACCGAUGCAAGAGUUCACGGAUGAGGUAACGUUCUUGAGGUUUUACUUUUUGUCAUGUUCUGCAGCUCCCUUCCUCACUCUCUCACUCUCUCUCUCUCCUCUAAGUUACAGCAGCAGGGGACAAAAUAAAAACGCACCGUCACGUUGAGUAAUAUUGUGCAAAAUAUACAACGUACAUCUAGCAGUGGAUCAAAAACGCAAACCCUGGCCUCUGAUAGGCUACUGUCCUGCUGUGAUGUCACGAGGGCUUUGCAUAUAAAGAGGGAGACGGGCUCAGCUGCUGCAAAAGGGGCAAGUGUGGUGGAGGGCUGCAGGAGUGUGUUGGUACAUGAGCGAGUACUGGAGAGAGAGAGCGAGGCAGAGUGUGCCAGAAGAAGAAGAAGAAGAAGAAGAAGAAGAACCACACAGCUCCUGACAAACACAUUAUAAUGAUCCUUUGUGUUGUGGAUGUAAAAGCGAGUGGAUUAUCAGAUCACAGGAUUGUAAAGCAGAGCAAACAGCCUGGAGAUCAUGGCGAGUGUUGUUUUAGCUCCGGCUAACCAAUCAGAGAACAGCACCACCUCCCUGCUCUCCUCUGAUGCAGAGCUCGUGCUGCUGGGCAUCGCAAUGGCCAUUCUGAUCCUGGUGAUAGUUUUUGGUAACGUGCUGGUGAUCACAGCCAUCCUGCGGUACCAGCGGCUCCAGACCGUCACCAACCUCUUCAUCACCUCGCUGGCGUGUGCCGACCUCAUCAUGGGUCUGGUCGUGGUCCCGUUUGGGUCCAGCUACAUCCUGCUGGGAACCUGGAAGUUUGGAAACUUCAUGUGUGAUUUCUGGACGGCUACGGACGUCCUGUGUGUGACAGCCAGUAUAGAAACCCUGUGCAUGAUCGCUCUGGACCGCUACCUCGCCAUCACCUCGCCCCUGCGCUACCCCAUGCUACUCACCAGGGGUCGAGCCUUCGCAGCGAUCCUCGGGGUUUGGGUCGUGGCCUCGCUCAUCUCCUUCCUGCCCAUCCAUCUGAAGCUGUGGGUGUCAGACGACAUGAUCGCUCUCAAGUGCUUGAACGACACCGGCUGCUGUGAUUUCAACACCAGCCCAGCCUACGCGGUGUCCUCCUCCAUCGUGUCCUUCUACCUGCCGCUGGUGUUGAUGAUCUUCCUCUACAGCCGAGUCUUCCAGGAGGCUCAGAAACAGCUGGAGAAGAUCAGAGGGAGGGAGCGGCACUUUUAUAACCUGCAUUACACUGCACAGAUGACUCCCAAUGACAGUCCUGCGCUGAAUCAACUCAGAACAGGGGAGAAGGUGGAAGAACAAGCAGGGGAGUACAGACUGAACAUGCAGAAAACAGGAGGUGCAGACUCUGAGAGGGAGGAGAAGUCAGCAGAGAGCAGAGCGAGGACAGAAAAGGGGGAAGGAAAACAAUCGGCCACGAAGCGUCUGAAGUUCUGUCUGAAGGAGCACAAGGCUGUGAAAACUCUGGGGAUCAUCAUGGGAACCUUCACGCUGUGUUGGCUUCCCUUCUUCAUCCUCAACAUCCUCAUGAACUUCCUCAACUUGGGAGACAUCAAGCUGCUCUUCAGACUCCUCAACUGGCUGGGAUACGCCAACUCUGCCUUCAACCCGCUCAUCUACUGCCGCAGCCCCGACUUCAGGCACAGCUUCCAGGAGAUACUCUGUCUGAGGGGCAAAGGGAGGAGCUGGGGAGGGAGGAGAGGAUGGAGCUGGUGCAGGGACAGAGAUUAUUACUCAAAGUCCCCAAACAGGACGAAUGGGAACUCAGACCUGAGGGGUGUCCGGGGGCUGGACUUACCGCAGAGGUUGGGGUGGAAGGGCAGUUUGGAGAGCUCGAUUCGAGACAGCACCUUAACUCUGGAUCCUGCGACGACUUCUGGUGAGCAGGCGCUGGAGGUCGCUCCUGGUUCCCUGGCAAGCUGGCAGGCUAACAGCUCUGCCAACGGGAGCUGUAAAGAAAACCUGGCUUCCACUGCCUGACCAGUUUACGAUGUUAAACUUAAAUUGUGCGUGCAAAGCCGUGCAAUCUGCUGAAGCUCAAAAUGUUUGUUUUUGGUUGAGAAUGACUCACAUUUGUUUUCUUCUUAAGGCUGUGAUCUUGUAGCGUGAAAGCCCGAGGUUUUCUUCUCACAGUCUUGAUCUGCAGCUCCCUUCUUGCUCAGAUGUUGAUGUUAUAUGUUACUUAUGAAACGCACAAAUGUGAAUAUAUCAGUGGUUUGCAGAAACGUUUACUGGGCUGCGUUAUGAGCUUCACCAAACUGUGGUUUACAGGAAGGUGAUGUCAGUAUCACAGUGACCCAAUGAAAUAGUUUUACUGACUGCUAGAUAAUAAAAAGUAUCAUGCAUUCCAAAAUGCUCGUUUACUAAAAGCAGCCAAAAAGGAAAAUCCAAAAAAAAAAAAAAAAAAGUUGCUGUUAGACAAGAACUGGCAGGACGGAUGCCGGUUCAGAUUCCUGCACACUGUCCAGCUUCAAGGAGGUGAAUCAUGCACGCUGUAAAUCACCGACGAUAAAAGAUUCAGAAUGUACUGAACAACGUCUGCUGGACUGCAGGUAUCAGAGCACCUGUGCAUGUGCUGCAGCGUGGUGCCCACAAAGAGAACUGAGGACAGUUUAAUGAGCCUUCAUACAGUUUGGAUGUUUAAGCCCCUGAAAUCUUGUCUUCUGUUGUGUUGUUGUGUGUUUGUGUUUCUGUAUGAUGGAACAUAUUCAAGACAAAAAUAGCAAAAAAAACUGUGAGGAUUUGAGAGAUCAGCCGUCAGAACCAGUGAGGAGAGCUGAGAAUAAAUCUAUGUCACAUAAAAUCACCCAGAACUGUUCUAACUGUGGCAGGAGGCGACAUGUUCGUCUGGGAUGCCGUCGCUCCUAAAAUGUUUUCAGGGUCUUCAGAUAGUUUGUCAUGAACAGAAGUCCACAUGUACGCAGAAAACAGGAUUCAAAACAGAACUGGACUCUGGUUCAGAGGUCAUCUCCCUCCGUCGCAACACACCUGAAAAACACAUCACAAGAGUUUUCACACUGUGAGGGAGCAGAUUUGUCCACACUGUGACUGGCUGCUUGGUUACAGAAAAUACAACUAAUGAUUUUCAGUUUAGUUGCUUUUUAACUCACUUCUCUUUAUGAAAACAUACAACACUUUUCCGUCAUCAUUUCAAUGUCAGUGUGUUGUGUUAUGAAUGUGUUCCAUUAGGACGAUGAAGCGUGCGAUCCAAGAGUUUUCCAACAAUGUUCAGUGACCUUCAGUUGUUGUUCAUGUGCACAAAAGACUAAAUCGCAUGUAAAAGGCUUCAGUACCUGUGUCAGUGUGGAGCGGGCCUCAGCGACUGUUCAGGUUCAAGCUGGAGGCCGGCUGUAGCCUCGGGUGGUGUUUGAUAUGCAUCACAACAAGCUCAGUUGUUAUCUUAGACAUGAGCCCACAUGGCAGGAAGCACGAGCAGGAAUCUGGCACCGUGUUGGCAGCGCUAACGAGCUCGUCUGCCAGCAGCAUCCAUUUAAAACCUCCAUGACGCAGAGAUUUAAAAAGGCUUUUUGUUCGUCCUGCAGCUGAGAGUCUUACAAUAAUGAUAAUAACCUUUUUCAUUCCAUGCUGAUGAACCUCACAGCCGGUCCAAAAAUCAUUGUGCUGGUGUGUAUUUGUAGCGCAGAUAAACAUCGAAGAGCCAAACUUGUGACUGUCACGACUGCUGGAACCGUUUCCCCUCUCGCUCUCUGCAGGUUUCGCCAUUUUCAGCUCGGUUAUAGUGCGAGCGCUGUAAUCUGUCACACCGAGCUCGUGUGUGUGGGUACUCAGCCUGAGGCGUCGCGCUUAUGAAACCUGAAACACCAUCUUGAUCUGCAGUCACUGAGUUGGCAGCCUUAAACUCCACCAGCGUCUCCCUCCACCUCCACAUAUGAACGUAGGUCGUUAACAUGUAAUGUGAACAUGAAAUGACACCGUCUGUAGUUUGCAUAAAUGUCAAAUGCCAACAUGUUCCUGGCGACUGCUCUGUACUGUAAAUAUGAUCUGCACAUGUGUGUGUCUGUCUGUGUGUGUUUCGUGCACUUGGGAUGUGAUGUGAUUAGAUAUUUGUGCAUUUUAAAGCUUGAAACGUGUCGUUGGAUAUUUGUUAUUUUACUGUAACGUGUACGUGUGUGUUGUAUUAACUACAAGUUGGAAAUGUUGUCCUUUUUUUAUUUCAAGUUCAAUAAUUUAUCACGUUCUCAGAAAGGAACUGACGAGCUGUUUUAGUGUUGUUGAAGCAUGUGGACGUUGGAUCGCUUCACUCUGUUAGUCGAUCCGUGUUGGGACACCGACACAAAUCUGAAUCUGUGUUUUCAGAAGUGUUUCGCCAGCGGAACGGAUUCAUUUUCUACCUCCACCGGACUCACGUGAAUGUCAUUUCAUCUGUGCAAAUAUUUAUUCAUAAGCUGUUGUAUAUUUUUGUCAGUAAAAGAAUGAAGUUUGA